CCCUCAUUAGACAACAGACACGAGAGGUCAGGAAGAAAGCGCUUAUAAAUUACCGUUUCCUCCUGCUCGGCGCUGCUAGUCGCGCCGCACCGCUCCGCCGGACGCGCCGCACCGCCGCAGGGGCUCAGCGGCGCGCAGGCACCGCGGCCAGCGGACACAGGAAAAGAAAAUACAUUCAGCAGAGACUCUUCUUCAUUGCCUCAUCCUAUGGAGGAAUCACCACUGCCCAUCUACAUUGAGGAGGGGACAGAAGUCCCGAUUGCCAAAAAGGAGUUGAUUGCUCUUGGCAUCAGUCAAAUCUGGACCCAGAAGACCACAGAAAGCAGAAAUAUGGCAACAAAGGAAAAGCUUCAGUGCUUGAAAGAUUUCCACAAGGACAUCCUCAAACCUUCCCCCGGCAAGAGCCCGGGGACACGGCCUGAGGACGAGGCCGAGGGAAAGCCACCGCAGCGGGAGAAGUGGGCGAGCAAGAUCGACUUCUUGCUGUCUGUGGCAGGUGGAUUCAUUGGUUUAGGCAACGUCUGGCGGUUCCCGUAUCUCUGCUACAAGAAUGGCGGAGGUGCAUUUCUUAUACCUUAUUUCAUUUUCCUGUUUGGGGGAGGUCUUCCCGUGUUUUUCCUGGAGGUGGUGCUAGGACAGUAUACCUCCGAAGGUGGAAUUACCUGCUGGGAAAAGAUCUGCCCUAUUUUCACUGGAAUUGGUUAUGCUUCCAUAGUGAUUGUGUCCCUUCUGAACGUGUACUACAUUGUGAUCCUGGCCUGGGGACUCUAUUACCUGUUCCAGUCGUUCCAGAGCGUCCUGCCAUGGGCACACUGCCACCAGAAGUGGAACACGCCGACCUGUGUGGAAGACACUCUCAGGAAGAACAAAACACUUUGGAUAUCGCUGAAUGCCACUAACUUCACAUCUCCUGUCACAGAGUUUUGGGAGCGCAAUGUGCUGAGCUUGUCCUCGGGAAUUGAAGAUAUUGGUAUUAUCAAGUGGGAUCUAGCACUGUGUCUCCUCCUUGUCUGGGUGAUAUGUUUCUUCUGCAUUUGGAAAGGAGUCAAAUCUACUGGGAAGGUAGUGUACAUCACUGCCACAUUCCCAUUCAUCAUGCUCCUUGUUCUACUCAUCCGUGGCGUGACCCUGCCUGGAGCUGCAGAAGGCAUCAAAUUUUAUCUCUACCCUGAUAUCUCACGGUUAGCUGACCCACAGGUCUGGAUAGACGCAGGGACACAAAUCUUCUUCUCAUAUGCAAUCUGCUUAGGAGCAAUGACUUCCCUGGGGAGCUACAACAAGUACAAAUACAACUGCUAUAGGGACUGUUUGCUGCUGGGAUGCCUGAACAGUGGUACCAGUUUUGUGUCUGGCUUCGCAAUUUUUUCCGUCCUGGGCUUCAUGGCACAAGAGCAAGGGGUGAACAUUGCUGAUGUGGCAGAGUCAGGUCCAGGCCUGGCCUUCAUUGCCUACCCAAAAGCAGUGUCCAUGAUGCCACUGCCCACCUUUUGGGCAAUCCUUUUUUUUAUUAUGCUUCUGUUGCUUGGACUGGAUAGCCAGUUUGUUGAAGUUGAAGGACAGAUCACGUCAUUAGUUGAUCUGCACCCAUCCUUCCUAAGGAAGGGUUACCGACGGGAAAUCUUCAUCGCUAUAGUGUGUUUCCUUAGCUAUCUUCUGGGACUAACUAUGGUGACUGAGGGUGGCAUGUAUGUUUUUCAACUCUUUGACUACUAUGCAGCUAGUGGUGUAUGCCUUUUGUGGGUUGCAUUCUUUGAAUGUAUUGCUGUAGCCUGGGUUUAUGGCGCUGAUAAUAUUUAUGAUGCCAUUGAGGAUAUGAUUGGAUACAGACCUGGUCCCUGGAUGAAAUGGAGCUGGAUUGUGAUCACACCAGUUCUUUGCGUGGGGUGCUUUAUCUUUUCUUUGGCCAAGUAUAAACCACUGACCUACAACAAGGUCUACACAUACCCAGACUGGGCAAUUGGCCUGGGCUGGGUUCUCGCCCUUUCCUCCAUGAUCUGCAUCCCUAUGGUGAUGGUCAUCCGCAUCAUUCAGUCAGAUGGGUCACUCAUUGAGAGGAUAAAGGCAGUGGCUGCCCCCAAGGAAGUGAAUCGAUGGUCCAAAGAAACGGAGAGUGGCACCCCCUUCUGCCCCAAUGGAACUUCGAAUGGCGGAUUAAUCAAGCCAACUCAUAUCAUUGUGGAAACCAUGAUGUGAGCUCUCUCUGUGAGAGGAUAAACCUGCUUUAACUGCCGUUUACUAACCAUAGAUUCUCAUAGGACCAGGUUUACAGAGCUUUAUAUUUGCACUAGGAUUUAUUUUUAUUUCUCACAGAGAAAGUUAUUUUUUGUGUGUGUUUUUGUUUUUGUUUUUUUUUUUAAUAUUUUGUAAGGUAAUCACAGCAGACGUCUCUCUGUAGAGGGAGAGCUUUCAUAUCAGACUAGACAUAUUACAAGAAUUUACUAUUAUUGGGUUUUUUUAAAUAUAUAUAUCUUUAUCUCUAAAUAUUAUACAUCUUACCACUUGAAUUGAUUGUCUUGCCAGCAAUACAUUCAAGUCUCAGAAAGCAAUUUUAGGUGCUGGUAUGGUUGGGAGCAGGGUAACCUACAGAACACACAAAAGAAGCUCUGUCGAGAGAUACAUUUUUUUAAAAAAUGCUGUUUCAAGAGAAUUUUCAAAGGUGUAGUAUUUCCACCCUCUGGUUCAACUGUGGUGAAUAACAGGCAUCAGGGUCCUUUAGGGAGUGUGGACAGUUUUGUUUAGUGCCGUCCCUGGCUAAGGGUAUAGCCAAACAGCUGGAGUGGAGAGUUUGCAAGGGAUGCAGAGAAGCUGGGUGUGAACAGUCUUGUGGCUCUCCCUCCCAGGGACAGCACUGGGACCCUGUCACACCAACCAAGGAGAAUUUGAGGAAGGCAUUUGUAGGAUUUGGCGUGGUUCAGUCUUUUGUUGUUGUUGUAUUUAAGAUUUUUGAGGUUUUUUUUUACUUAAGUGAAAUGCCUGCUGUUUGUGUGUGAGCAGGGAGGUUGAGUACCUGCUCCUGAGUUUUCCAGCAAACCGUAUUUUGGUGUGGUGGCACUGGUGUAAACAUGAAUUCUGCAAACUGGGAGGGCAGCCUGUCCCCAGGGCAGCAGGGGUGAGCGCAGAGUAGCCAAGAGGGGAAAAGCAGUACCUACUCUCUGGGUGCUUUAGGUGUUCCCUUCCUCAUCUGGACUUUGGGCAGGAAAAUAAAGGAAUCGCUUCUGGACUCUGACUGUCCAGGGCUGAACACCAAGCAGGUCAUCUCUGACAGGAGAAACAAAACCACUCACCUGAUGUAACUGGUAUUGAUAACAGACACGAUGUUAAUAAUAAUAGUAAUGAUGAUAAUAAUAUCACACAGCAAACAGGUGCUUUUCAUCCCUCUCAAAAAUGCUUUUCCAAGUUUGGUAACCAGGAUUUGCUUUAUUUAUUUAUUUGGGGAAGGGAGGUCAUUGCUGUUGGAGGAGCAGACAAAAGGACUAAGUGAGUCCCUUGCCCUGUGUUACUAAAUAGCAGUAGUGGACCUAGAGCCCCCAGUCUCCUUGCUCAUCAUUGGACUAAACCAUGAUUUGAUUUUAUUUUACUUUCUUUUAUUCUAUUUUACUUUAUUUUUAGGGGGGCUGGAGGGUGGCAAACAUAUUUAUGAAUCUUAUAAGAAACAGGGCUGUUUGGAAUUUAAAUUAAAGCAAAGGGAACAUGUAACACUGAAAUAUUUUGUGUUGGUCAGAUGGAAUUGGGUACCAUUCCAGGUGAGACUGGGAAGUGAAGAGAAAUGACUACAAGGAGUAUAGAAAUGGGGGUUCCACUUCAUGUAGUGAAGGUGAACAUUUCUGUGGGGAAUUGGAUGCCUGAAAACUGUCCAAAACAUGGACAAAAGACUUCUUUUCUUUUUUUUUUUUUUUUUUUUUUUUCUUUUUUUUUUUUUCCUCUCUUUUUUUAAUUGAGCAGGUUGUGCUGGGAACAGGUUCUCUGGCAAAACUCAGCCUUGUCUUGUGGGCAUUGUAUUAGAGGGAGAGAGGUUUUUUCUUAUGAUAUCACAGGUAGUCUAUCCAAAGGUAUUUAGAAGAAAUGCUUGAUAAAAGCAGAGUUUGUAUCUGCUUAUUCUGCUGUCAACUUAGUCUUUCAGGGCAGAGGUUGUCAUUUAAACAGGAACAUAAACAGUUCUUAACAUUCCUACACAGUAGCUUUAUUUCAUUUUUUCUCGCCCUGUGUGCUAACGGGCUACAGCAGCACAAACAUUUCUUAACUUGUUGGUUUCCUUGUAACAGAAACAGGGAGAUUUAAAACCAAGAGAUGGACCAAAAUAAUUACUAAAUAUUAAUUAUUAAAGAAAAACAUCACUGCAUCUAUAACUUCCAAAUCUUUUUAGUUUGAAUUUGUAGAUUCUUUUACAACAAAGAGCUGAGUUGCAGCAACAAAACCAGCCAUGAUAGAAUUGUGUUUUCUUUUUUCUGGUUGCUGUAUUAUGAGAGUUCUGAAGGAAACUUUUGCACAGCUGGAGAUGACAGAUAUCUUAAUGACACCUGCUGGGCCAGUGGCAGAAACCAUCCAAGGUCACAGGAGGAAUUCUGAGAGCCAGUGGGUAUCAUCAAAUGUGCCCAAAAUAAAGAAAUAUGCAUACAGCAAUUUUAUUUUUUAACAAGCAAAGGCAAGGAAAUGUAACCAAAAAUAACUCUCUUAGUGGGCUUCAGCUUGGACUCUCAUUUUUAAGUUACAGUCAGAGUCUGCAGUAAACAGACACAGGUGAAGAGGAAGUAGAAGGUUAAGGGGGUCUAAAUUAAUGGUUUUUGUGAGUGCAGAUGAAACACUGAUGCUUCAUUUAUUUCUUUUUUUAAUAUACAUAUAUUGUCAUACAACUGUGUUUGAGCUUAUAUAGUUUGCAUGUGACUUUUUUGCUACAGAGCUGAGAUAAGCUUUAGUUAGGGGGAAAAAUGGUUUGGCUACAUCAAAGAUGUCUCCAGCAAGUCAGCUGGGUGUUUAGGCAUCUCCUGUGUUAUGGAGCGUGUCUUAAUGGGAAGAACCAGAGGGAUAAUACUACACCUUUCAAAAUACAACUACCAGAGAAUAGAACCCAGCCCCAUUUCAAUACGAACUGUGCCAUUCAAAUCAGUCGCUUCCAUGUUCCAAGUGAAAAGGUCUCGCACAUAUGCAACAACCUCUUUGAAGAUUCUCUCUGUCAGCUUCCCUGGCCCUGCUGUGCUCAGCAUGACUGCAAGGGAGGGCUGGGACUCACCAAGAGCCAAGAAAUCAUUGUUUCUGGAAAACAGUUCCCCUAUCCCCUGCUCCAUUCCCGGACAGAAAAAAAAAGAAAAAAAAAAAAAAAAAAAAGAAAAGAAAAAGAAAAAAAAAAAAGUACUUAAUUCUUCUUGGUUUGUCUGGGGUUUGAGUUCCAGUGAGCUCAUUUGCAUUUUUAAAGUUUGGGGUUUUUAACCUAACGAUUUUAUCAGAUUUCUAAAGUUUUCUUGGUGAUAAAUUUGCAUUUCAACAUGAUCCUCUGCCAAAUUUAUUAAAAAAUAAUUUUUAAAGAAAGUUUGUGUUUUCUACCUAUUUUAACUGCAAAGACAACUGAUUUUUUCCUAUAUUUACUUGUUUAAACUCUUAUGACCUAUUUUACCUGUUUUGUGUAAAUGAGGAACUCUAUGUUAAAGCAUCAUGACUAGUUGUAGAUGAACGGGUUUGGAUCUGGGGAAAACAGUGCAGUUUUGGCAUGAGCUCUUUAGAACCAGAUCCCUGAGAUUUAAGCCAGCAUAAACCAAGACAAAACGCACACUUUUUCAUGUUUCAUAUACCUUUGUAUUCAUGGGGUCUUCUGGGCUUGCAAACAGCAGAGUUUCAGCAGCAUUUAUUUCCAGCUGAACUGAAAUCAACAGAUAGUAGAAAUGUAAGGGGGAACAUUUCCCCAUAAGAUUUUUCUGACCUGUUUCUUAUUUUUCUCAAUUUUCCAAACCUUUUCAGUUCACCUGUCACUAGUGAUGAUCUCUCUGAAUGAGCAUCAAUUCUAAGGGACUUUACCAGUAGUCUGUAUCUCAGUGUUUAAACAGUAUGAUUUCAUAAAUAGAACUGGUUUUUUAUUGUUGUUGUUGUUAUUAUUCUAUUUUUCCUUCUCAUCUAUAGCUUUCCUUUUCAUCUGGUCCAAACAGAUCCACACAUUUAGAAAAGUCCUCUUUCAAGUUUGACAUAAUAGGUCCACAAUGGGUUUGUUCUUGUGUUGUAAAUGAAAAUACAGAAGCCUGGCAGCUGUAUUUGCCAUCUAGAACAGUGCUGGUGGCCACCCCACAGCAGCAGUGCAGCUCCUGGAAUUGGGGGUGCAGGGGAGUUCAGUAUGAACUGAUGAAACAGCUCAGCAAAAUUGAUUUUCACUGCUGUUCCUGGGGAGAGGAGGAAAUGAGAAAAAGUAGCGGGGAGGGGGGAAAGAUAGUGCAGCCUUAAAGUUGCUGUAACACCGAAAAAAGCCCAACAACAUCAGCAGAGCUUUUAUUGUCACCACCAGAACAGCACCUCCUGCAUCUGUUUCCCGUCCUGUGUUCAUCCUCCUUUUCCAACUGCAGAUGCUCCUGGUUCCUCUUCUUUGUCUCAGUGUUAGAUAACUCAAGUAGAUCUGAAGACACAUGGACAUCUCCAUUCAAUAGAUCUUUUCCAAGUCUCCUCCUGGUCUGUUUUUAUUUGCUAAGGAGACUUCCAGUUUUGUUGAGGUUGUGCUUGUCACACUUGGGUUCAAAGCUCCCACUUGUUGAAUCACUGGCAAACUUCCAGCUGUGGGAGAAGGAUUUGAACACUUUUGAAUAACUGAUUAUUAGCUUCCAUGUCUUGUGGUCCCUGCAGGAUCACUCAUGGAAGCACAAUGUAUAUAAAAUGUUAAAUAAGCUGUGCAUUGAAUGCAGUGGACAAGUUAGUUAAGCAGCUCAAGUACACUUGGAAGAAAGAUGACCCUGACAUCAUUUCCAAGGAGAGUCAAUGGAAUUUGCUCACUUUCAGUAAAAAGAGUAAAAAUAAAUCUGUGUUUAAGUAGACUAGUAGAUGAAAUCUUCCACCCUCAUAUGCACGCACACAGUGGGGACAUUGCUUCUAUUCCUAGGCUGCAAAUCACGUGUGUAAAUCUUGCCAAGCUGUUCAGGAUGAGGAUUGAGGAGGUUUAGGCACCACUUGCCUGCAAAGAGCCAACCAAAGAGCCAGGGUGUCCAGAUGGUCUUUCCUAAAUGGGGAUGGUGGAAGAGGGGAAGUAAUAACAAACUCCUGGACCGUGGCCCCUCCACAGAAGCCUUAAGGUUUGAUUUGUAAGCUCUCCUGGCUCCUUGUAGGCAUCACAUGUCUCCUGGCAUGGGAGGUUGGGUGUGGUGUGGGUUCAGGCAGCUGCCCUGGACUUGUUUUCUCCGAAAUCAGCAUCCAAAGCCUUGUGGUUAGGAUUGACGUGUAGUUGUGUAUUUGUAUAUUUGCAUGAGCAAAGGUCAGGAACUGUCAGACCCUGAUAGCUUGUUUUAUUUCUUAUAAUCAAAGAUAAGCUUAAGAAACAAAGUAUUAGUUGAUUUGGUGACACUUGACAUUUAAGAGACCAUUGAAUUGGUGCAAAAGAGGUGCCCUGAGCUCCAUAUUUUGGUCACAAAAAUUUCCUUAUGGUGUUAGCAGUCAAUUUGAGUCUAUGGGGAAGAUUGCUCAAGUGAGACUUGAAUAUAACCAGCACCAGCACCCACUGGAAAACUGCCUGAUCCAGCCCCACACCCUCCCCCAGAUUGUGGCUCUUUUCUGCCAGCCCAAAAAAAUGUGUACAUGGACAAUGCUUCUCUGAAAAAAAAAAAAAAAAAAUCUCAAUUUGUUCAUUUCUAUUAAAAAAUAAACAGAAAAAGUCACAUCCUUUGUGUGGUUUUUUUCCAGUUGUCAUUGGAAUUGGUAAUUUCAAUUUACCCAUGCCCUAUAACAAGAGCAGAAAUAGCUUGAGUCACCAUUUCAUCAAAAAUGGGGACAAGCUCAAAAUUUUACAGGUUGAGAACUUUAAGAAAGCAAAUCACCCACCCAUCCUCAUCAGAGGUGGAAAACUUUGGUGACAGGGUUUGUACCUGCAAAAGAGCCUGACCCUGCUGGUAAUGUUGGGCAAUUGAAUGGCAGACACAGACAGCCUUUUUGUAUUGCUGCUGUGUCCUCAUUUGAAAUAAUCAGUGAAAGUGUCAGAAUUUAAUUACCACGAGCUUUAGGAGUAAAGUAAAUUGAAGAUAAUUUCAAAGGGGCAAGUUUGGGAGGUUCGUUCCCCGUGGAUCUGCAGUGCACAGCGGGGUGGUGCUGCUCACUUUCACAUUUGCAGCACGGGGAAAAAACAUGGCCUGACUUGAGAAAUCAGAAGAAAUAAGGGGAAAAAAUAAAGCUAUUAGAAAAAAAAAAGAAAAAAAAAAAAAAGUAAAACUCGAUGAUGCUAAGGAGCUGUGCACGUGCUCUGUAAGGCUUCAGCCCUGUAGCACAGUGAGCACGAUACUGUUCCUCAAUGUACCUGCUUCUGCAGCUGAGGUGGUAGAAAGGGUUGAAUUUUUGUUCAAUAUAUAAAGGAAAAAAAAAAAAAAAAAAAAAGAAGAAAAAAAAAAGAAAAAAACAAACAGUGGCAAAAUUAUGUUGAGAGGCUGAUAAAAAAAACAAAACCUGAAGGGGCAAGUUGAGUUAGUUCAUGAUCUGCUCCUGUCCUGGAAGCCAGCGCUGGUCUCUCAGCAUCACAGCAUCCCAGUACUGUUCUGAAGUGCUCGUUGUUCAAUAGGAUGUUAUUUUUUCUCCAGUGUAAUGUUGUGAUUGUUACCUGAUAAUGUUGCCAGGGACUUCACAUUGUAAGAGGUGGUCCAUCUUGUUUGAUGUAUUUGGCUAAAAAACAGUGGUGUUUUUUUAAUUAUUUAAAUUCCUAGCAACUGUGACUACAGUAAUGUGAUAAUGAGUAGCACAUGCAGUGAGGAGGCGAGGGCGAUGAUAGCCUCCUUAAAAAUGUCAUCUGAACUUUUUUUAAAGAAAACAAAAAACCUUAAAAAUAUUUUUAAAACAUUUUAAAACAGUUUUUGUGUGUUCCAAAACGGAACAUUUGUAUUUGAAAAAAAUCCUGGAGUGUAAUUUAAUCCUAAAACCCCCUAGCCUUUGUGUAUAUGGUAAAUGUUUGUAUUUUGCAGUUUCUGUUUUGCUUUUUAGAUAAAUGAAAUGUAUAUGGAUAUUUUUAAGUCAUCUUUGCUUUUUUAGAUGAGUUUGUAAUCACCUUAUAACUGAAAAUAAAACUUUCCUUUAUAAACCAA